UUUUUCCUUGGACCAAGAUGACUGAUGGAAACCUUUCCACCACUACAAAUGGCGUAGCCUUGAUGGGCAUUCUGGACGGUCGACCAGGAAACCACGUUCAGAACCUGCAACACUUGAAUCUCAAGGCACCCAGGUCCCUCUCAUUGUCUGAGUACGGGCCCAAGCUGAAACUUGGUGCUUUAGAGGAUCGGCACAGCCUUAAAUCGGUGGACUCAGGCAUCCCUACCCUAGAGAUCGGCAACCCGGAACCUGUCCCCUGCAGCGUGGUCCAUGUGAAGAGGAAACAGUCUGAGUCGGAGAUCAUCCCGGAGCGAGCCUGCCAGAGCGCGUGCCCACUGCCUUCCUACGCGCCACCAGCUCCCACCAGUGCCGAGCGGGAGCAGAGUGUGCGCAAGUCCUCCACGUUUCCCAGGACAGGCUAUGACUCGGUGAAGCUCUACAGCCCCACCUCCAAAACGCUGAACCGCAGUGACAAUGUCUCAGUCUGCAGCGUGUCCAGCCUCGGCACAGAGCUGUCAGCCACGCUGUCCGUCAGCAAUGAGGACAUCUUGGACCUUGUGGUCACGAGCAGCUCCAGUGCCAUCGUGACCCUGGAGAAUGACGAUGACCCACAGUUUACUGACGUCACCUUGAGCUCCAUCAAGGAAACCCAUGACCUACGCCAGCAGGACUGUGUUGAUGAAACUGAGGAGGGGAGGAAAUUGAAAAUAUUGGGACCAUUUAGUAACUUCUUUUCAAGGAAUUUGCUUGCUAGAAAACAAAAUGCAAGACUUGACAAACAAAAUGACUUGGGAUGGAAGUUAUUUGGAAAAGUACCACUCCGAGAGAAUGCUCAGAAAGAGUCAAAGAAAAUACAAAAGGAAUAUGAAGACAAGGCUGGACGACCUAGCAGGCCACCCUCUCCAAAGCAGAAUGUGAGGAAGCAUCUUGACUUUGAGCCUCUUUCCACCACCGCACUCAUCCUGGAAGACAGACCAGCAAAUCUCCCGGCAAAGCCAGCUGAAGAAGCUCAGAAACACAGGCAACAGUAUGAAGAAAUGGUGGUUCAGGCCAAAAAACGAGAGCUGAAAGAAGCCCAGAGGAGGAAAAAGCAGCUGGAAGAAAGAUGCAGAUUAGAAGAAAGUAUUGGAAAUGCUGUCCUCACUUGGAAUAAUGAGAUUUUGCCUAACUGGGAAACAAUGUGGUGCUCUAGAAAAGUUCGAGAUUUAUGGUGGCAGGGAAUCCCUCCCAGUGUGAGAGGCAAAGUCUGGAGCUUAGCCAUUGGCAACGAGUUAAACAUCACCCACGAGCUCUUUGACAUCUGUCUUGCCCGAGCCAAGGAGCGGUGGCGGUGCUUUAGCACGGGAGGCUCUGAAGUGGAGAAUGAAGAUGCUGGUUUUUCAGCAGCAGACAGAGAAGCCAGUCUGGAGCUUAUUAAAUUGGACAUUUCCAGAACGUUCCCUAAUCUCUGCAUUUUCCAGCAAGUUCAGGGCAUGUCCUUCAUAGCGGCCGUGUUGAUCUUGAACUUAGAUACUGCAGAUGCCUUCAUUGCUUUUUCUAAUCUUUUGAAUAAACCCUGUCAAAUGGCGUUUUUCCGAGUGGACCACGGCCUUAUGUUGACUUAUUUUGCUGCAUUUGAGGUAUUCUUUGAAGAAAAUUUGCCGAAAUUAUUUGCUCAUUUCAAGAAAAACAACUUAACUCCAGACAUCUACCUAAUUGAUUGGAUCUUUACUUUAUAUAGCAAAUCUUUGCCCCUGGAUCUGGCCUGUCGCGUAUGGGAUGUGUUCUGUCGUGACGGGGAGGAGUUUCUGUUCCGCACGGCCCUGGGCCUCCUGAAGCUGUUCGAGGACAUCCUGACCAAGAUGGACUUCAUUCACAUAGCCCAGUUCCUAACGCGGCUGCCCGAGGACUUGCCUGCAGAGGAACUUUUUGCUUCCAUAGCUACAGUUCAGAUGCAAAGUCGAAACAAGAAGUGGGCUCAGGUACUGACCGCCUUGCAGAAGGACAGCCGGGAAAUGGAGAAAGGAAGCCCAUCUCUCAGACACUGAGGCGGCAGGUGGACUUGCGCUCGGCACUGAAGCAUAUCUCCAAGGGGCACCUGUGUUGUUUCAGGCGGACACACUGGCAGCUCCGAAGAACAGGGGCUAUUUUCAUGUUUGAUUCCUAAUGCUGGAGUUGGCCUUAAACAAAACAAAACAAACAAAAAACUUUUAAAAGAAUUAAACCAAGGCUAAGCCUUAAGAAGCUCAGUGGAAUGAUGGCCAUGGCCAACCACUGCAUAUUCUGCAUGGUUUAAAAAUAGGGCAGUGGCUAAUCCCCUCCCCUCAUUUCAGCAAAAGUUAAUUAAAUUGUAAUGCUUUUAUGUCAACUACUGGAAAGUACAUUACAAUUUUUCAUAGCCAGGGUGCAUGAGAAAUGUUAUUUGGGAGACCUCAGAGAUGUUAUUGGCUCAUAUUUACAUAUUUUCGUCAGAAAGGGAUUGCUGAUUUAGUUACCGAGAUAAUCUUUCCAGGGCCGCAGGUCAUGUUUUUAAAGCCCAGCUACCAAAGAUAACAUUACAGGAAAAUGGGUUCUCACAGGACAGCCGCUGACGAGUGCGCGUGGGCUCCCCGGGACACGAUCUGACCUUCAGGUUGACCUUCUACCACGUUGCCUUGACAAAGUUCCAGCAGGAGGGCUGACAGUGCAUGCUUAGGUUCCAGUGGGAGCCCUGCUGUCCCAGAGGCUGCGCCCACGUUUCUCCAGCGGUGGCGGCGAGUUCGAGCAGGAGGAGCCGCGCACAGAGAUGCCGCGGCAGUUGAGACGGGCUUAACGCUGGUGGGAAACGGACGGCGGCGGCCUCUGAGCCAGAGGGGAGGCAAGAGGGUGCUCAGACCUGCGCCCUCUUGCACCCUCCUGGUUCCCGUGGAGGCCGGCGCAGCACGGCGGGGUCGGGGGCUGCUCCCUUGCUCUGCCAGUGCACUGCCCUUGUCCCCUAAACGGCAGGCGCAGUCCUGCGUGUGGUGAUCCCGCCUCACGCACUUGACUUACGGACGGACGGUUGUAAGGACUGAGGAGCUAGCAGCACGCAUCCAGCAGCCCAUACGUCUUGUCAGGAUUCUCAGUAUCCGUGCCGGCAGCCUUUCCCCCGCAUAGCUGGUUUUCCCCAAGUUCGUUAGCAACUUUUUUGUUCUAGCUUUUCCUUGACUAAUUUGGAGAACUUUGUAUUGAGGACUUUGGUUAUCCAAAUUCAAAGACGUGAACAGUUUUGGCACAGAAAAGUCCAAAGGACAGGCCAGUCUCCAUGGAAACCGGUUCCAUGCUAAUGCGUUGGCAUGUUGGUCUCUGGCGCGCUCAGUAGGCCAGGUUCAAGGGCACCCGCUGCCCUGCAGCCCUUCUCAGCCAUCUGUCCCACCCCCAGGGAGUGCCCCUAGCUGACCUGGUUCCUGAUGUCGGGAGCGCCCUCGGCUCUGAGGGCAUAGCGCGCGGCAGGGAGAUACGGGUUGGGGUAAAGCCUAACUACGGCAUUAUUUUUAUAGGUUUUCUAUAUCUGCCAUAUCUGCCGAUGACACUUCAGGGACAAAGCAAGGUGCCGAGCCAGUGGCCAUCCUCAUGCCCUCCGUCCCAGCUGUGUUCCGUGUGUCAUUUUUUCCCUUGUGUUCCUGGCUGAACUCUCCAGGGAGGUUGCAGAGCGUCUUGGUACACUGUCUGCCUCAGCCUUUAAACGCUGACUUGCCUGACCUCCUGGAGGUGUUCUGUCUUCACCCAGCUCUUGGCAGCCUUCCAGACACAGCCGUUCCCUGACUUCAUGCGGCUGAGUGUAACCCAGGCUGAACCCGGCCUGGGAAACAGGCCGCGAGCCCGGUCAUGCCGUUCCUCACGGAUAUACUUGGUUUUAUUCCAUGACAUGGGCUUUCUGUUCUUGAAAGAUGUAUAUAUUUUCUUACUGUACAUAAAGAUGUUCCUUAAGUGGUGACAGAAAGCGAUGCAGCAAGGGGCAUGGGCAAGUUAUUGAGAAUGCGUUUGUGCAACUUCAUGUGUAGUCAGACCCCAGCCCUCAACAUUAUUGUCAGACAGUUUGACAUAAAUCUCUUUGGAUAGCACCAUAUAUGCAUUACAUUUUUAAACAGGAUUCCAGGCCAAUCUGGAAUACUUCCAAAUCUUUAGUUCAAAGGAGGUUUUCCUGACCUGUCCAGGGACCACACGAGCUCUUGCUGGUUUGAUGCGUCCACUUCAGAGGCCGGGAAGUUCUAAGGCCCAGUCUAGGGUCACUUCGCCCCUUUCCGCAGAGGGCUGCCGGACAGCACAGGGCUGUGCUUCUCUGCUUCACAUUCUCGUUUAGGAAAACUGGAAGCAGAAAUUGCAGUGCAGCCCCUGGAACCCUGCCCUCUGCACUUCCCGUGCCAUUGAUUUUCAGGAUGUGAGGCUUCAGGUUUGGGACCUCUGUGCAGCUGGCACUUCAGAGUCGGAUGCUGUGUCCCCACCAGUCACUGAAAUCCCAUCUGGAAAAACGUUCACUUUAAAGGGUACUUUUUAACUGCUCAGUUUUUGACUAUUUUAAAUAGUUUGCUGAUAGAAAACCCCUGAUAACACUUGCUACAUAUCAUGUUUUAAUUGCUUGUACAGUUAACCUUUAAUUUUAUUUAGUAAAGUGUAUCAAACUAGGACUUUUUCAAUUGUAAAUAUGUGGUUUUAUUAAAUAAAAGUCAUGUAAAAUUGUUA